AGAGAGAGAGAGAGAGAGAGAGAGAGAGAACGCAGCAUUUCAUUCCCACCCAGUCCAGCAUGACUGAUCAUAAACUUCCCUUCUAUCGACGGUGCAGCAGCGACUUUGGUAACAGGUUUUUUGAGAGACAGAUAUAUGCAUUGCCUGAGCCUACCCACUGUUUUCAGCGACAGACCGUAGGGUAGGCUGGGAAAAGCAUGAAUGUAGAACGCACUGAGGAGCAAAGAGACGCUACGAGAGGACGGUAACGGUCCAGAUAGAAGAGUUGCUUUGAAGAGGGUGACGGGAGAGACUCACCAUGUGCAGCUCUCUGAGUCCCAAGCAGCCAAUUGGCCCAGGCCUGACGGAUAUGCAACAAUACAGCCAAUGGCUGGCCAGCCGCCACGAAGCCAGCCUUUUGCCAAUGAAGGAAGACCUGGCCCUAUGGCUAACCAGCAUGCUGGGUCUGGAGAUCACAGCAGAGAGCUUCAUGGAGCGUUUGGACAAUGGCUUCCUGCUGUGCCAGCUGGCUGAGACGCUACAGGAGAAGUUCAGGCAGAACCAGACUCAGAACCAUGGAGAACUGCCUCUUGGCAAUGGAAAGACACACACACAUGUGUUGAGAGGUACGAGGUCAGUCACGGUACAGCUUCCCUGGAUGGAGGGCUGCUGGUCCACCUCGCAGACCUUUAGGAUACCUGCCGAGACAAUGGCCAUCCCAUGCCGGAGGAUCCCGUGUCGUGCCAGUGCGCCCUCCGGGUCCUUCUUCGCCAGGGACAACACAGCUAACUUCCUGACCUGGUGUCGUCAGGUAGGGGUGGGAGAGACCUGCCUGUUUGAGUCUGAGGGACUGGUUCUUCACAAACAGCCACGGGAAGUAUGCCUCUGUCUCCUACAACUGGGAAGGAUAGCGUCUCGGUACAACGUGGAGCCUCCGGGGCUUAUCAAGCUGGAGAAGGAGAUAGAACAGGAGGAGAAAGCACCUCUACCUCCAUCCUCACCUGUCUCUCCCUCCCCAUCCCUCUCUCCAUCCCCUUCUCCAAACACCCCAACCCCCUCUCUAACCUCUCCAUCCCCCUCUCCAACCAAGUGCUUGUCGUCUAGCAAGAAGAGCACAGGGAAGCUGCUGGAUGAGGCUGUGAAGCAUAUCUUUGAGGACCCUCCCUGCAAGUGUCCCAAUAAGUUCUGUGUGGAGAGACAGGCUCAGGGCCGCUAUCGCGUCGGAGAGAAGAUGCUCUUCAUCCGGAUGUUACACAACAAGCAUGUGAUGGUACGUGUGGGAGGAGGCUGGGAGACCUUUGAAAGCUACCUGUUGAAACACGAUCCAUGUCGGAUGCUCCAGAUCUCCCGAGUGGAGGGGAAGACCUUUCCCAUGUCCCCCAAGUCUCCCAACACCAAGGACCUCACCCCAGACAGCUACUUGGUGGUGGCCGCACACUACCGCAGCAAGAAGUAAAGAUGACCGUACACUACCGCAGCAAGAAGUCGACUGGCGCUUCAACCAAGGGGAUCAGUUUGAGCAAGGUGAGGAUGGUGGUGGUGGCCUACUACCACAACAAGAAGUAAAGAUGGCCGCCUACUACCACAACAAGAAGUAAAGAUGGCCGCCUACCACAACUAGAAGUAAAGAUGGCCGCCUACUACCACAACAAGAAGUAAAGAUGGCCGCCUACUACCACAACAAGAAGUAAAGAUGGCUGCCUACUACCGCAACAAGAAGUAAAGAUGGCUGCCUACUACCGCAACAAGAAGUAAAGAUGGCCGACUACUACCGCAACAAGAAGUAAAGAUGGCCGCCUACUACCACAACAAGAAGUAAAGAUGGCCGCCUACUACCGCAACAAGAAGUAAAGAUGGCCACCUACUACCACAACAAGAAGUAAAGAUGGCCGACCUACUACCGCAACAAGAAGUAAAGAUGGCCGCCUACUACCGCAACAAGAAGUAAAGAUGGCCGCCUACUACCGCAAUAAGAAGUAAAGACAUUCACGAGGACCUGAGGAAAUGACCUCUUGCCUUUCCCAACUAGCAAAACUGAUUGAAAUGACAGUGACACAGAGGGCAAAGCCUACUGACACUGUCAUUCCAACCAGAUUCCAACCAGUUGCUUGUACAGUAUGUCUUCUAGUUGAUGAUGUAAGCCACAGCCGGACCACCUGAGCUACAGAACAGACAGUGGCCAGCAGGUAUAUAUCUCCUGUCCUAGCGGUCACGGCAAACUAGCAUCACGGUGACAGUUUGAUUUGGAUGUCCAGCCUUUGAGAAUAAUCUAUGCAAUCUUUUUGGCAAUCAUUUUUAUCCGGGGAUUAAGGCUGGUAUAUUUGAUUCUAAAAGCAUGUUUUCUAAUGUUAACUUGUGUGUAUUUUGUUUUACUUUUGUCAUUCAUUCAUUUAAUAGUGUGAAAGUAUAGUAUGACUUCUGUAAUAAUGGAUAUAUUCGGGAAUAAUGAUUGGAUACUGGUAAACGCUGAAUCUGGACAUGUUCCACCAAUCAUGUUCCUCCUACGGUUCCACCAAUCAUGUUUCUCCUACGGUUCCACCAAUCAUGUUCCUCCUACGGUUCCACCAAUCAUGGGGUUUCUCCUUUCCUUGUUUUCUAAAUAUGCAGCUACAAGGGAAGAUAAUCAUGGCUAAAACAAUAUGUUUUAAAUGUAUUCACGUAAUCACACCAUCAGUCACAGUACAGGCUUACUAGUUACCAAGCCCAGGGACUUGUCUCUGGCUAGAGCUUUCGCUUUAAAGACCAAAGGGUUUCACCAUUCAUUCUAAUGGAAGUCAACAUUUAAAAUAUGUUUAAAAUAGUGCUACUUUAUUAUGUUAAAAGUCCUGACUAAUAUGAAUAGCUAGACAGUAGGAUGUGUUUAUUAUGAUUUGUUGAUUAUGGAUUUGUCUGUAAUGUCUAUUCAUUUCUGCAACGUGCUAUUAUGAGUGAUUCUCUUUUGACGAGCUAGUUCGGCUCUCCUGUUUUGAAGUUAAAAGCUUUUGAUCAUUUGUUAAGGAAUACUAUUAACAUCAUUAUUGUGAGAAGAUUAUUUCUGAUGAUUAAAGAGACAAUCAAAUGUA